AUCACAAAACUUUAAUUGCUUUACUAUCUUUAUCACAUCAUAUGAUCAUCAUCAUUAUAAGACAAAAAUUAAAAUUACUUUCUCAUUCUUUUUAUUCUUAUUCUUAUUUAUUUACAAUUUUAAAAACAAAUAAAUUCAAUAUAUUCAUUAAAAUUGAUGACAACUUGGCUCGGUCGUUUGUUUUCUACAUAGAUUCCGGAGAGUGUCUGUCUUUGUUGUUGUUGGAACACAGAGAAAUAGACAGAGACACACACAGAGAGAGAAAAAUGAGUUUUUUCAUUUCAUUUUCUUUUGUUGAGAUCUGAUAAAGAUAGAAGAAAACAACAAAAUCAGGGAAGAAUAUGGGUUUCUAAUUCUAGAAGAAAGAGUGCUAAAGUUUGUAUCUUUCUUUGUUGGGGUGUGUAGAUUCAAUCUGAAAAAGCUGAACAAGUGUUUCAAUGAAGGAAACUGAAAAAGGGUACUUGGAUCCACAACUAUGGCAUGCUUGUGCUGGUGGAAUGGUUCAGAUUCCACAAGUGAAUUCCAAAGUUUACUACUUUCCACAAGGUCAUGCUGAACAUGCUAACACAAACAUUGAUCUAAGGGUUUCAGUUCCACCACUGAUUCUUUGUAAAGUUGUUGCUGUUAAAUUCUUGGCUGACCCAGAAAGUGAUGAAGUUUUUGCUAUCAUAAAGCUUCUUCCUUUAAGAAAUUCAGAAUUUGGUUAUGGUGAAGAAAGUUGUGGUGGUGGUGGUGAUGGUUUGGAAAAUUCAGAAAAGCCUGCAUCUUUUGCAAAGACUUUGACUCAGUCUGAUGCAAAUAAUGGUGGGGGGUUUUCUGUUCCGAGAUACUGUGCUGAGACGAUCUUUCCUCGGCUUGAUUAUGCGGCUGAGCCGCCUGUUCAGACUGUGGUUGCGAAGGAUGUUCACGGCGAGCUUUGGAAGUUUAGGCAUAUUUAUAGAGGGACGCCGCGGAGGCACUUGCUUACAACAGGAUGGAGUAGUUUUGUGAACCAGAAGAAGCUUGUUGCUGGUGAUUCUGUUGUGUUUCUGAGGGCUGAGAAUGGUGAAUUGUGUGUUGGAAUUCGAAGGGCGAAAAAGGGAAUUGGUAGUGGUUUUGAUGGUUCAUCUUGUGGUUGGACUUCUGGUUCAGGUUCUAACAAUGGAAAUUGUGGAAUUGGACCUUUUGGGGCCUUUUCUUUUUUCUUGAAAGAGGAGAAUAAGACAUCGAGAAAUGGUUUUGUCGGUGUUGAUGGUAAUUUGAGUGGAAGAGUGAGAGUGAGACAUGAAGAUGUUAUGGAAGCUGUGAAAUUGGCUGCUAAUAACCAACCAUUUGAAGUUGUUUACUAUCCAAGAGCAAGCACUCCUGAGUUUUGUGUCAAGGCUUCAUCUGUGAGGGCUGCUAUGAGGAUUCAGUGGUGUUCUGGAAUGAGGUUCAAGAUGCCUUUUGAAACUGAGGACUCUUCUAGGAUUAGUUGGUUUAUGGGAACAGUUGCUUCUGUUCAGGUUGUUGAUCCUAUUCGCUGGCCUAAUUCACCGUGGCGCCUUCUUCAGGUUACAUGGGACGAGCCAGAUUUACUACAAAACGUGAAGCGCGUUAGUCCGUGGUUGGUUGAAUUAGUUUCAAACGUACCAGUCAUUCAUUUCUCACCGUUUACUCCACCGAGGAAGAAGCUGCGGUUUCCACAAAACCUAGACUUCCCCCUCGACGUUCAUUUUCCAUCACCGACGUUUUCAGGCAACCAGCUCGGGCUAAACAGCCCUUUGUUUGGUUUAUCUGAUAAUGCUCCUGCAUGUAUACAGGGAGCCAGGCAUGCUCAAUUUGGAGGAAUAUCUCUUUCAGAUCUCAACCUUAACAACAAUAAACUUCAGUUAGGGUUGUUUCCUACUAAUAUACAGCACCUUGAUGUGCGUAAUAGGAUUUCAAAUGGUAACAACAUGAUGACCGACAACGAUAAGAAUAAAGAAAGCUUAUCAUGCUUGUUGACCAUAGGGAAAAAGUCUGAUAAGAGUUUGGAGAAAUCUCAAUCUGAUGAUGAUGUUGUUAAGAAACAUCAGUUUUGUCUUUUUGGUCAACCAAUACUCACCGAACAACAAAUUUCUAGAAAUUGUUCUGAAAAAGAUUUAGUAGAUGAGAGUAAGGACAAAGAGAAGUGGUUUUUGGAUGCAUUUUCAGCAGGAAAAGGUUCUGAUGCUACCGAGUUUAGUUGGCAACUUGGUUUGGAUAUUGGUCAUUGUAAGGUUUUCAUGGAGUCAGAAGAUGUUGGAAGGACACUUGAUUUAUCACUUCUUGGUUCUUAUGAAGAACUCUACAAGAAACUGGCUAACAUGUUUGAUUUAGAAAAAUCUGAGAUGUUGAAUCGUGUGUUCUACCGUGAUGCAACAGGUGCUGUGAAGCAAACUGGUGAAGAACCCUUCAGUGAAUUCAUGAAGACAGCAAAAAGAUUGACAAUUCUGACAGAUUCAGGCAGCAAAAAUGUCAGAGGGGCUUGGAUUACAGGAACUCACAAGGGUGAACAUGGAUUGAAUGCCUCAAACAAAACAGGUCCUCUAAGCAUAUUUGCUUAAUGUGGUGUAACAUUUGAGAUAUUGUAAUUUGCUUAAUGUGGUGUAACAUAUGAGAUAUUUUUAAUUAUGAUAUGUGAAAUUAAUGGACAGUUUUAAAUAUUAAUUACCUCUGAAAAAUCAAGAGAAUAUUUUAUAGAGGUUACUGUUUGUACCCCAAAAAAAGAAGAUUCUCUUAUGAAGUAGGAUGGGAUUGUUUAUGUUUA